GAGCUAAAGAGCUCGAGCUCGGACAGACGGAGAGUGUAAGUACACGCGCGCACACAGGAAUGGAGUAACGGACACACACACACACACACACACACACACACACACACACACACACACACACACACAGGAGGACGUGUUGACGGAUAAACCGAACGCGAUGUAGCGGAUUAAUGGCGCGUGGAUUCCUUUACUGUGUGUGAGAAAACAGCAGAAGGCGAAGAGACCGGCGGUGCGUCCAUCAUGUUGUGGCCGCUGGUGGCGCACUUCCUGUCGGCUGUGGCGCUGUGGCGUCCCGCUGUAACGCAGUACUCCAGCGACCAGUGCAGCUGGAGGGGAAGUGGUUUGACCCAUGAAGGCCACGCCCGUGACGUGGAGCAGGUGUACCUGCGCUGUUCUCAGGGUUCUCUCGAGUGGCUUUACCCCACCGGUGCCAUCAUCGUCAACCUGCGACCCAACAUGGCGUCUCCGGCCGCUGCCCACCUCUCUGUGUGCAUAAAACCGUCCCGCGAAUCCAGCGGCACGCACAUCUACCUGGAGCGGAUGGGUAAACUCCGCCUGCUGCUUCGCGAGGCUCAGCAAGCCGAGGGCAAAGUGCAUUGCUUUGCCAUCCAAGAGGGGGCGCUGUUCAUUGAGGCCGUGCCUCAGAGAGACAUCAGCCGGAGGAUCACGGCCUUCCAGUACGAGCUGGUCAACCACAGGCCUGGUGCUGAUCCUCACUCACUCAUAGCACAAUGUCAGCCCUGCACUGAAGCUGAGUUGCUCCUGUCUGUCUGUACAAGCGACUUCGUUGGGCGUGGCAGCGUCCUCGGCAUGGACAAGGAAGAGGAGGAAGAUCAGACGUCGGUGGGCGUCACUCUGUCUCGUGUGUUCAGGCAGAAGAGCGAGGUGUUCAGGCAGACUGGUGGACGUGUGAAGAUGUGGACUGGGAGACUCCUGAUGCUGCUUGACUGCGGAGUGAAACCCGACGAGGGCGAGUUCCUCUUCACCGGCACGGUGCGCUUCGGUCAGGCCUGGCUCGCAUGCGCGCCCAGAUACACAGACUUCCUCAGGAUGUACCAGGAAGCAGAGGCACAGGGGACAAACCCCUGUCACAUAGACACAAACUGAGCGUCACGUCACGUCAGAGUCAGACACGUGUCGGGCUGUUUCUCCAAGAACGUAAAUAAAACCCAGACGUUCUGAUGUAGCACACGUGUGUUUAAACGUGUUUAAAAAAAUGUGAAAACAUUGUGUGAUGGAAGUCUGUUGCUUUUGUAAAAAGCUGGUUUGUACAGUUUUUAUUGUUUUCGCUGUUGUCUUAUGACAAAAAACAUUAAAGAAAAAAAAACC